AUGAGAGAACGAAACGUUCAGGGGCUUGUCGGUUAUCUCGCUGAUCUCCUGGUGCUAAACUCUACACGAAAAUUCUCUGGGAAUGUGGUGCAUAAAUUUGCUUUUAGAUCGGCCCGCGGUUUAGGUCAGGUGCUGUUUGUUUGGCACCUUAGUACUUUUAUGGUUGAGGAUUUUAAAAAUGCUGAACAGGGAAGGGCUCAUUUUGGCAGCCUCAGCAAUGCCGUUUUUGGUCAUUUUCGUACCGUACAAGGAGAGUUCAAUCGAUAUCCCUUGCUGCGACGGAUAUUAUGUCACCCGUUGAAAAAAGAAACAAAAAGAGGAAAAGCAAAUUGUUGCCACCACGAACUGAGAGUGGCGUGGGUAAUCGUGUUUUCCUUUAAGGAUGAGGCCUGGCGAGAACUUAUGCAGUUCCUCGCGCGAUUCACCAAGCCAAAAACCCUGAUCUCGGGAAAUUUGCGUGGCAAAUCAAUAAUCACACGAGUCGCUGCGUUAUCAGAACCCACGACUUUUGAAGCCACCACAGAUGUUUAG